UUGGGUGGGUUUUUUAGCUUUAAGGUUAAUUGAAUUGAAUUUGCGCUUUUUAAAAAUGAGCACGUCAAUGUCUGUCAAAGUGUCAAGACUCGCUGUCGCGUUCUCAGUUCUUUCAGGUUUUGCUUUUUGGCUCUUGAAUUCACCUUUUAUGUCGUCGUCUCUACCUCUCUCCCCAACUGCACAAUUUGGAUUUGCUUUCUUCUUGAAGCCCAUGUGAAAAUGGAAGCUCUACCGUCCCAAAGCGUCAUUUCUUCCCAUUAUGGUUCUCUCUCUAUCCCUCCCUCCAUCUCUAUUUCUUUCUGUGCGUUUAUUUUUGUUUUUGUUUCUUCCAUUUGUUAUUUCUGGAUAAUUUGAACGAGGUACAAUUGCUCUGUUUUUAUAUAUAUAUUUAUGCGGUGAAGGGAAAGGAGGAGGAGGAGGUGGUGGUGGACCCCAGAGGAUGAUUGACGAGGAGGAAUCGACGAUGGAGGUUGAACAGGAGAGGAGGGGUCGGGGGUGAAGGAAGCACAACCAACGUGGAUCAAGCUAGGCCUGGGGAUUGGUUCUAACUCCGCUGCUGCAAAAAACCCGUGACUGAACACGGAAAGCCUGUUGCUGUGGUGUUGACGCCAGCUCAGUUGCAUGAGCUUCAAGGACAGACCCUAAUCUACAAGCACUUAGAGGCUGGUCUUCCUGUUCCUCUUCACCUUCUCGUUCCCAUUUGGAAGAGUGUCGCUUGCUUUUUUGGGCCCGCUAUUUAUAAGCUAUACCCUAGCUUUAUAGGUUAUUUUAGUCCUCAGGGGUUUGACUAUAAGACCAUGAUGGAUCCUGAGCCAGGAAGGUGUAGAAGAACUGAUGGGAAGAAAUGGAGGUGUAGUAAGCAUGUGGUGCCGGAUCAGAAGUACUGUGAGCGGCACAUGCACAGAGGCCGUCAGCGUUCAAGAAAGCCUGUGGAAGCUUUUGAAAUCUCAUCUCCUUCAGAUUCAAUGCCAUCUGACAAAUUUGGGGAGUUAAAUCCGAACUGUGCCAAUUCAGCCCAUGUGGGACUUCAACUCAUGACCCCUUCCAGCCAUAGUUUUUCCUCCACCACCACCACUGCCGGUAGCAAUAUUGGAAGCAAGAAACAUGUCAGUUCUGAUACUAUCGCCACCAGAACCCCCAUACCUGCCAUUGCAGCAACCAUGACCACCAUACCCGCCACUGCAGCCACAAGGGCCACCACUCUACCCACCUUCACUGCCAAUUCCAUCAACAGAAUCAACCGUGUUUCUGAAAGAAAAGAUGUAAGUGGCAACCCUCUCAUUUACAGUCUCACCAUGAAAAGCAAUGGCAACAGGGUUGUAUCACCUGGAUUGGGCUUCUCACCAAAGAGUGUUCUUCAAGAUCAAGGUUGCAACAGUUCAUGCUUUGGAAUCAGAAAUGGCAUAGAACUUGAACCGGGAAGGUGCAGAAGAACAGAUGGGAAGAAGUGGCGGUGCAGCAGGCACAUUGUUCCUGAUAGAAAGUAUUGUGUGCAGCACAUGCACAGAGGUGCCAAAAAGCGUGUGGCGGUGACCCAAAAAAUAUCUGUUCCCACAGCUUCUUCCAGUGUUGCAAUUCAUAGAGCUUCACCAUCUCUCUCUACAAAUGUACCCAACGAGGCAGGUCUUUCUUCUCUGAACACAGAUCUUUCCAUCUCAAUCCAAGCUAGCUCUCAACUCCUGCAAAUUGAUGAAAAAAGUACUACCAGCAGUAGCAGUGACACUACCAUUACGGACACUAGCAUCACUGCCAAUGAAUACGGUUACAUUUCCUCUUAAAGUGCUGUCUAGAAGACCAACCAUGUAAUCUUUGAAGUUCUUUUGUACCAUUCCAGCGGUUGAUACACCAGUCUUGAGGCGUUGUUGAACUAUUUGGUUAAAUGGAUGCGCUGCUUAUAGUUUUGCGUU